UUUGACGUUCAGGUUAAGAGAUUGCGUUUAUAACGUAAACAACCGAAUAAGAAUAUCAAAUAAUCUUUCCAAUACUGUGCAUAAUUAUCAUGGAUAUCGGCGGUUCCCCGAACAUAACAACCACUAAGCGCAAUGUGAAGUACACAAAGAGCUCAUGGAGCGUCCACGAGUUUGAAGUCUGGAGUGGUGAAUUUAUUUGUCGAGUAGUAUCUUUGAAGAUGCGCGACUCGCUGCUAGUGUGGGUGGGCGGUCGAGAGCCGCGACUAGACGACUUGGCGUUGGCUGUGCCUCAUGGGCGCAGCGCGGUGGCCACUAGCCUGGUGGAUGCGGGUGGAGCAGCAGACGGACUCGCGGCGCGGCUCGCGGCGGCUCUCUCGCGUCCGGUUCACGUGUGCUGUGGACUCGUGCUGGAUCGCUUCACAGCACCGCUCGUCGAGAAGGGCAUCGCCACGGAGAUUAAAAACCAUCCAGAAUACUUUUGACGACGAGUGUAGAAUUCGUUUAUUAGUAAGAAGUUAUUUAGGAAUGACAGAAAUUGUGCUCGAAAUGCAACACAUGCGAUGAAGUGAUGAUCGAUAAAUACAGUUAUGAGACAUUUACAACUGCAUGUACAUUGUGUAAAAUAUUAAUUUGUUAAGUGUUGGAUAAAGUUAACUCAUUGUAAGCCACAUUGAUGGUAUGCUUUUACUCUUGACAAGAGAGUUGUGGAAUGUUGUAAGGUCUGCACGUCUAGAGUAAUGUUCUCUUUGAGUCAGUACUGGAAUAUGUUUUUGCAGCCGAGUGUUCCGUGUGCUGUAAUGUUGUUCAUAUAUAUGUAUUUAUAUAUAACAUAGUAUUGUUAUGAGAGUGAGAGUGACCUUGACCUUACAUGCUACAACAAUAAAGGCGACCAUUCAUUAUGAGGUUUGCAAGCUGUAAGUCACGGAACACGUCAGUUCCUGGUGAGUGAGCAACGCUGAAGGUUGUGAAUCUUGAAUUUACAAAAUAAAUUUAAAUAAACUUUCUGUAAAACUU